AUGGCCGGGGUGGAUCUGACCGAAGAUCAUGGAGGAGCCCUCGUAGCUACCGCCAUCACCUUCCUCGUCCUCAGUUGGGUCUCGGUCAUACUGCGCACCUAUGUGCGCGCCAUCUUGACCAAGGCCUACCAGGCCGACGACUGGCUCAUGCUCGUUGCCCAGCUCAUCUUCACCGCCUCCUGCGUCUUCAUCCUCGCCGGCGUUGACAAUGGCCUUGGCAUGCACAACAAGGCGCUGGAACAGUCCCGGGAGAUCAGGGCCCUGAUGUAUCAAGCCCUCGCUACCGCCACUCAGUCAGCCCGCCAUGCGCGCACGCGCGCAUCAACCGCCGAGAACCUCGCUAACUAUGUCAACAGUGCCCUCAUGCCCAUACCCAUGAUUUGGAAGGUGAAAAUGACCGCGCCUGCCAAGAUAUCUGUGAUUUUACUCUUAAGUUUGGGUAUCUUUGCCAGCGUUGCGACGUUGAUUAGGCUCAAAUUUCUGGCUGACUUGAACGAUCUCGACGACAUCCUCUUCGCUGGUACCGAUGCCAUGGUCUGGACUCUUGUCGAACCAGGCGUCGCCAUCGUUGCCGCCAGUCUCGUCACGAUCCGGCCGCUUCUUCGACUCUUCCGCUUGCACGGCUUCGAAUCUACCGGACGUACACCUGGCCCUAGUGGCACAGCGCGGUCUGGCACACAACGAUCCGCUGGAAAGAUGCCGGCGUACGGCCACGGCGAACUGACCGCCGUCGACAUAGAAUUGGCCGAAGCGAAGUCCUCAGGGUCGUAUGCGACAUUGAGCAUUCAAUCCAACCCUCCGCCGUUACACAUGUCACCCCUGAGCAUGUCGCCAUUUGACCCAGCGGCGCCAGGCGUGUUACUGCGGCCGCCGCCAUUUGAGCACCGAAGAAAGAAAUCAAAGAGUCUCGAAGUGCAUGAAAGCUUGCAAGACGACGGCUCCCAGCCUGCAAGAAGGAACUACAUCAACAGCGAUGUGUAUGUUAUCGAGGGCCCUGGCGCUGGGGGCGUCGACAAGUGGACGGGGGAUAGACUGCGCUCACCGAGCGUAUCCUCGGACGACCUGGAUGGGAUGGACGCACAGAGUCAGCAUAGUGGCCGCGUGGGAUUGAGCGGCAGGCGAUGA